CAGAAGAAAUGGAAAGCAACACUAUAAAGAAAGUCACAGAUGCUUAUCUUCUUCAUUGUCCUUACUCAGAAGGAAGAAGAAAAGCUAUUGCCAGAAAGCCAAGAAUAUUUACAUUAAGUGAUUGUAAAUCCUCUUCUCUUAUGGAAAAUUAUCCAGACCUUGAUAAGAUCAUCAUUUGGAGUGAGUUUGCUGCCCAACUUGCCCCCUUGAUAAAACCAUUAAUUUUAUUUUCAUAUUCUUUAAAGGAUUUUGUAAGACUAAAUGUUUUAGAUAAAAUAAUCUGCCUUAAAUGUGCAUUCUUUGAAAUUUGGCUAGUCCAUGUUUCACAGUUAGUAAAUUCUGCUGAUGGUGCUAUCACUUUCUGCAAUGGGUACUGCAUGUCAAGAAAACAGCUGGCAAAUAUAUAUGAUACUGAAUUCGUGGAUAGGUUGCUAAAUUUCUGUGGUUGCAUAAAUGAUCUUCAACUCAGUGAUACUGUCAUUGCACUUUACUCACUUGUCAUAUUACACAAUCCAGAUCAACAAGGACUGCACAGUCCUAUUGCUGUUGCUCAUGUCCAUGCAAAAUUUUUAAGACUAUUGAAGUAUCAGCUUACUAAUUAUAAUUUUGCAUUAGACAUUCAUCAAUGGUCUAAAGUACCACCAAAAAUGAGGGAAAAUUUUCAUUCCUUGCAAGUUGAGUUGCUUGAUGAAGCUUUGGCUGAUCACGUCUUUUUAAACGUUGAAACAAGGUGGUUAACUCUUUGA